AUGCGGCAAAACACCCACAAGCCCCUCUCCUCUGCCCGUUGGCGACGGCCAGACACCCGCCCUGCAGUAUUCCAAUCCUGUGGGAGUGCCAUCGUCGACGAGGCGCUUGUUGAAGGGUCACGCAGUCCACCUAUCAGAUGCCAGUCUGGUGAAGGUAGACAUUAUAGGGCUCACGAGAUGGACUUCUCCCCUCGGGGGGAGGGGUUGCAGUUUGAUGCUUUUGAUCUGGAGCUCCUGGCGCAGGCCAAUGGGUCUUCGCAGCACAACCAGCUUGGGUCGUUUAGUGAUGACUCGAUACCGUAUCCACCGUCGCAGGCGAAAGAUAGUAUACAAGUCUCACGGUUCUUUCAAAGUUCGAGUGCCACUCCACGACGAACCCUCGGGUCGAAUAUCUCAGAGGCCGAUCUAACAUCGCCUUCGAGUCCAUUGGCCAGAAUCCAGAACCAGAGAGCAACCGGGACUCGGCGUUCUGAUAUAAGGGCCGGUCCUAGUAGACACCGGAUCGUGUCAUCGGAGCUGGACGAGUCGCCUUCCCAUACCAGUCCUACGCUAUCGGCCGCUGCCAGCCACGAUCAGAUGGGAAACCCUUUCCAGGAUAGUAUACCCAUGUCGAUACGAGGCAUUGUGCUGGUGUCUGCGCAUGAACUCCCAGACAAUUACAGAUCACUCUUCCCGUUCCCUGUGUUCAAUGCUGUUCAGUCGAAAUGUUUCAACCCUGUUUAUAAGGGGGACGAUAACAUUGUCCUUUCCGCACCCACUGGAAGCGGUAAGACAGUCAUAAUGGAGCUGGCAAUCUGCCGACUGCUCAAUAAAUUGAAGGAUGAGCGCUUCAAAGUCGUCUACCAAGCGCCCACCAAGUCUCUCUGCUCGGAGCGCUUCCGGGACUGGAACAGGAAGUUCCACUCGCUGGGCCUCCAGUGUGCCGAACUAACAGGGGACACUGAUCACUCGCAGCUUAGGAGCGUCCAAAGCAGCCAGAUAAUUAUAACAACGCCUGAGAAAUGGGACAGCAUGACCCGCAAGUGGAAAGACCACGCCCGGCUGAUGCAGCUCGUGAAGCUUUUUCUCAUCGACGAGGUGCACAUUCUCAAGGAAGCCCGCGGGGCUACACUGGAAACGGUCGUUUCCCGCAUGAAGUCCAUAGGCUCCAACGUGCGCUUUGUGGCACUGAGCGCGACUAUCCCAAACUCCGAAGACGUGGCUACGUGGCUCGGAAAGGAUGCCACGAACCAGCAUGUUCCGGCUCAUAGAGAGCACUUUGGAGAGGAGUUUCGUCCGGUUAAACUGCAGAAGGUUGUGUACGGCUAUCAGUCUCACGGGAAUGAUUUCGCUUUUGAUAAGAUGUGUAACUCGAAGCUGCCUGAUGUUAUAGCAACGCACUCUCGGAGAAAGCCAAUUAUGAUAUUCUGUUGCACGCGCAAUUCGUCGAUGGCGACGGCGAAAGAGCUUGCUAAGCUGUGGUCGACGUCCAACCCUCCAGCACGGAAUUGGACGGGGCCGAAUAGGAACCUAGAGGCUCACAAUGUUGAUCUGAAAACCACCAUUGCCGCAGGAGUUGCCUUUCACCAUGCUGGAUUGGACCCCGCCGACAGACACACCGUCGAGACAGGCUUUCUCCAGGGACACAUAAGCAUCAUAUGCUGCACGUCAACACUCGCAGUGGGAGUCAACCUGCCUUGCCAUCUGGUAGUAAUCAAGAACACGGUAGGCUGGCAAGACGGUGGCUGCAAAGAGUACUCCGACCUUGAAGUUAUGCAGAUGCUCGGCCGCGCAGGCCGUCCCCAAUUCGACGACAGCGCUACCGCCGUGAUUCUGACUCGAAAAGAGCGUGUAUCACACUACGAGAAACUUGUUUCAGGAUCCGAGAGCCUAGAAAGCUGUCUUCACUUGAACCUAAUCGACCAUUUGAAUGCCGAAAUUGGCCUAGGCAACGUGACGGAUAUUGAGUCUGCUAUCAAGUGGCUCGCUGGGACGUUUCUGUUCGUCAGGCUGCGGAGAAAUCCGACUCAUUAUGACCUGAAAGAGGGCGCAGAUAGAGAUGACGAGGAUGGGAUGCUCCGCCAGAUUUGUGAAAAGGAUAUCAAGCUCUUGCAGGAAUGCAGAUUGGUCACUACUGGGUGCCUCAAGUCGACGCAGUUCGGGGAUGCCAUGGCCCGGUAUUACGUGCGAUUUGAGACGAUGAAAGGGCUUCUGUCUUUGGAACGCCAUGCCACCGUUUCUCACAUACUCUCCGUAAUCGCCCAUGCAGACGAAUUCCGCGAAGUGCGUCUCAAAGCCGGCGAAAAGCCCCUUUACAAAGAGAUAAACCGGGCUAGCAGCGUCAAAUUCCCCGUGAAAGUUGAUAUAGCACUACCAGCGCACAAAAUAUCCCUGCUUAUCCAGGCCGAACUGGGCGCGGUUGACUUUCCCGACGGCGAGCAAUUCCAGAAACACAAGUUCGCCUUCCAGCAAGACAAAGGCAUUGUAUUUUCCCACGUGAACCGUCUCAUCCGCUGCAUAAUUGACUGUCAGAUUGCGCUGGAGGACUCGAUUGCGGCUAGGAAUGCGCUGGAGCUUGCGCGGAGCUUCGGGGCUAAAGUGUGGGACAAUACUCCACUGCAGAUGAAACAGAUCGAUCAGGUUGGGAUAGUCGCUGUGCGUAAACUAGCUGCGGCUGGAAUUGCUAGCAUCGAGGAGCUGGGACAGCUGGAGGCGCACCGGAUUGAGAUGAUUCUCAGCAAGAACCCGCCUUUUGGGCUCAGACUGUUAGGUCGUCUGACAGACUUUCCGAAGCUUCGGGUUUCGACCAGGCUUGUGAAGAAGGAGGUCAAAGCUGGUCAGUCGGUGAAGGUCUUCUUCAAAGCUGAGAUUGGGUUUAUGAACGAGAAAUGCCCCGCCUUUUUUCAGAGACGGCCUAUAUAUGUGUGCUUUUUAGCGGAGCGAUCAGACGGAUGGAUAGUGGAUUUUCGACGGUUGAGCGCCAGCAAACUGAGUAACAGCCUAGAGAUCCUGCUAAGUGUGGAGGUCAAGCGUGCAGAUGAAUAUGUGACAUGCUACGCUAUGUGUGAUGAGAUUGCUGGAACCCUCAGAUCCGCAGAUCUCAAACCAAACCUGCCUCCCUCUUUAUUCCCGUCCCAUCUGCGCGAGAAUCCACAGGCAAAGCCAAGCCAGAGACACGAAAUGAACACUUCUCGACCGCGUAGUAUCGACUCUUCCAAAGCAAAGCCCAACACAAGCUAUGACGUGGAUAUACUUGAUAGUGACGACCAGCUGUUCGACGACUUUAUGGGUGGAAAUCCCUCUGGCUUAUCAGGAGAAGAUCUCAACGCAAGCAGGCCAUGGAUGGAGGACUCUGCGCCAGAUCCACCUGAAUGCCAGCCACCGAAGAAAGGGCGAAAGGAGAACCACAAACCGGAAAAUAGUGACGAAAAGAAAGAUGUAGAAGGCCCAACCAGACUGGAAAAUGGUCGAUGGGCGUGCAACCACAGGUGCAAGGACAAGACGACAUGCAAACACUUCUGCUGCCGAGACGGACUUGACAAGCCUCCCAAAGGAGGAAAAAGGAAUACCCCCGACGUUGACCCACGCUCUAGCGGACUCAGUCAGUUGACGUUGUCGGCGAGUCUGACCAAGAAGGAGGGCUACACUUCUCGUACCGAGAAUCGAAUGGCUGGAAAGGACGUAGAAAAGACACUUCGGAAGGAUAUUGGUCAGGGUAAAGGUCUGAAAGAUUGCCCAAAGACGAGGACGGUGGAUGUUUACAGCAUCCGUUCGUCGAGCGAGUAUGGGGAUGACAGUUUUGACGAUUACCCGUCUCCGUCGGAGUUGAUGCUGGGG